ACUCGGCGCUUGGGGCAGAUAAACGUCGGUUGCUCGGCGAUGCGUCCGAUGGGAGCGGCGUGGUUUUGCCCCUUAGCACCUGCGUGGCCCCGCUCUGAGCUCCGGCGCUGCUGGAUGUGACUGAAAAGGAGAAAAGCAUCGCAAUGCUCUGUGUAACCUUUGAGGAGUGCCUCAUCCCGAAACCUCGGCGCUGCUGCACUGCGCCCGGGGUUGUGCUCACAGGGCCCACGUGGUGCUGGGAGAUGAAAGCCGAAGUAGUUAUGCAGAGCAGAACUUGUAACGCUGGAUGUGGAGCUGGGAGGUUUUCUUGUGAUCCUAUCUGGGGGCAGCCUGCUUCUGCCAAGUGGUACGACCGGAGGGACUACGUCUUCGUGGAGUUCUGCGUGGAGGACAGCAAAGAUGUCAGUGUAAACUUUGAAAAGUCCAAGCUCACGUUCAGUUGUCUUGGAGGAAGCGAUAACUUUAAGCAUUUAAACGAAAUCGACCUUUUUAAUAAUAUUGAUCCAAAUGAAUCAAAGCAUAAAAGAACAGACAGAUCUAUCUUGUGUUGUUUACGAAAAGGAGAAUCUGGUCAGGCAUGGCCAAGGUUAACAAAAGAGAGGGCAAAGCUCAACUGGCUCAGCGUGGAUUUCAACAACUGGAAAGACUGGGAAGAUGAUUCAGAUGAAGACAUGUCCAAUUUUGAUCGCUUUUCUGAGAUGAUGAACAACAUGGGUGGAGAUGACGAUGUAGACUUACCAGAAGUAGAUGGGGCAGAUGAUGACUCACCAGACAGUGAUGAUGAAAAAAUGCCAGAUCUGGAGUAAAGAAAACUGUCGUCUUCAGGGUUUGGGGAAAGAACUUCAUCACAUUUCAUAAUUGAGAUAAGAAUUCCUGAGUUGAUAGCCCUAAGGGGAGAUAUUGCAUCCUUUAACCCAUUUUUUUCAGUCCAUUUUAAAUGGCUUCACUGAUGGUAGGUGUGUACCAUUGUGCGGGGCAGUCUUAAGCCACGAGAGGCAAUAAAUGACGUUAUGCAUGAAUUCCAGACUUCCAAAAACCAAUUGAGGUAUGGGCAAUCGAUCCGGAACAGUCGCAAUAAAGUUUACAGAGCCUCCUUGCCUCGUAGCAGACCUAAUAGCAGAGCAGGCCUUGCAUCCUGUGCUCGAUUGGCUUUUUCCCCCCUGUGGCCCACGGUUAAAUCUGACUUUUGUGCCCGGAACAAAAAAACUCUUCUUGGAUUUGGCUCACCAAAAUUUGAACAAGCUGCGCAAUACCUCUGUGGUGUCUUCAGGUGUGUUUCACUAAUGUUUUUAUUAAAAAGGAAACAAAAUUCUCUCUGUUUGCUAUUUAAUGGUUAGCUGUGUGUGUCCCGGUGCCCCGCGCCCUGAGGGGUGAGGCCCAAACUCCAUCCCCCACCCCAUGGAUCCGUGGGGCCGCGUCGUUGCUUGUGGAUCUGUACGUGAGACCAAAUGUAUUUGCACUGCUGGUAUGGAAGCAAGUGACAACAUCUGUUCUACCCGACGGGGCUCUUUGUUACCCGGCCUGGCUGACAAACCUCAAUUUCUGUUCAGAGCGGUGGGAAUUUUUUUAAUGUCUACAUUCUUUCUAAUAAACUGUUGAAGACUCCA